CUUUAUCAAGUUUGCGUCAAAUUGUUUGACAUUUCGUGUUUACUGUAUUAUUUUCGCGAAAAACACGUAAAUACCUUAAAAAUCCGUAGAAUUAUGCGUUUAGAUGAUAGUUUAUAAAUUGUAGAGUGACUUGGCAAGCAAAUAAUUGCAAAAUGGACGGUGACAGCGGCAUUCCUCCGCCGGUUCUAAUGAACCCCGAUAUGAUGCAAAUGCCGCCUCAGGGGCAAAUGCUGCAAGGCCCCCCGCCCACGGAAGGUAUGAGUGUGCCGCCGCCGGGGUUUCCCCCCCAGGGGGGUCAGUUUUUCAUGCAGCCCCCCCCUGUUAAUGAAAAGCAAUUACCGUCGCUUUUGAGUCUUAAAGUCGACCCCCCUGAACAGUUGGUGGAGGGGAGUGGGGAGGUUGUGCUACCUGCAGCACUUGAAGAGGUUUUAGCGUUAAAAAACCAACGGGCUUUGGAGUUGGGAACGGAAGAGAGCGGAGGUAGUGAAGGGGGCAAAACAAAGGAGGGGGAGAGGGAACCUUUGUGGGAGAAAGAUGAUAAUGUGGAGGUUAUUCAGGAGUUGGAAUUGAAUGGCAAAGAAAAGGAUAAAAAUGAGGCGAGAAUAAGCAAAAAUAAAAAGAAAAAAAAGCGUAAGAAGAACAAAAAGGAUGAGGUAAAACAGAGAGCGGAAAAUGAAAGCAAAAAAGAGAAUGGCGAUGUUGAGUUGCCCGAUCAACCUGAUGUUGAGGUUGAAUAUGUUCAAGAAUCGAUUGGUUUGCACGAGUUGGCGCCUCAAUACAGACAGUUUUACUCGAUUUUCGAGUCUUUCAAAAUAUCGGAUCAAAAGUCUGAUUUGCCACCUCCCAUGUUGGCUACUCCUACUUCGUUGUCCAGUAAACUGCCAAGUGCUCUGGGCGACGAUUUUCAGGACGAAAAUGAAGACAUGGAUGACAAAAAACUGGACGACAAGUCGAAAAUGUCCAAGAGAAAGCUAAAAAAAUUGACGCGUUUGAGCGUGGCGGAGUUGAAACAGCUGGUGCACAGGCCCGACGUGGUGGAAAUGCACGAUGUGACGGCUAGGGAUCCGAAGCUGCUUGUGCAGCUGAAAGCGCACAGGAACACCGUGCAAGUGCCGAGACACUGGUGCUUCAAACGCAAGUAUUUGCAAGGGAAAAGGGGUAUCGAAAAACCGCCGUUUAACCUGCCGGAUUUCAUAAAAAAAACCGGCAUUAUGGAGAUGAGAGCCUCGCUACAAGACAAAGACGAGUCCAAGACGUUAAAGGCGAAAAUGCGCGAGAGGGCGCGACCGAAGCUCGGUAAAAUCGACAUCGACUAUCAAAAGUUGCACGACGCUUUUUUCAAGUGGCAAACGAAGCCGAAAAUGACCAUCCACGGGGAUCUUUACUACGAGGGUAAGGAAUUCGAAACGCGUCUGAAGGAAAAAAAACCCGGCGAUUUAUCGGAAGAGUUGCGGACAGCCCUGGGCAUGCCAGUGGGGCCCAAUGCCAAUAAAGUGCCCCCUCCGUGGCUUAUUGCAAUGCAAAGGUACGGCCCACCUCCCAGCUAUCCAAACCUGAAGAUUCCAGGUUUGAACGGGCCAAUUCCGGAUGGUUGUUCCUUUGGUUACCACGCCGGAGGAUGGGGUAAACCACCUGUGGACGAAAACGGCAAACCGCUGUACGGCGACGUCUUCGGAACCAACGUCACCAACGUUGACGAUAUAGGCGAAGACCCCAGCGUGGAUCGCUCGCUGUGGGGCGAGUUGGAAUCAGAAUCCGAGGAGGAAUCGGAAGAAGAGGAGGAAGAGGAGGCGGGCGGGGAGGAGCAAGCCGCCCCCGCCGACGAGUCGGGGUUGGUGACCCCGGCGGAGGGUCUGGUGACCCCCUCGGGCCUCACCAGCAUACCGGCGGGUAUGGAGACCCCGGAGGCGAUAGAGUUGAGGAAGAAGAAGAUCGAGAACGAGAUGGACGGGGCGGAGACUCCGGUUUUGUACCACAUCGUGCCCGAAAAGCAGAACCAACGCAUCGGGGGGUCCAUGAUGGGCAGCGCGCAUGUCUACGACUUGUCGCAGCUGGCCAACAACCCCCCGCAGUCUGUGUCUAGAAAGCCCUCUGACAGAGAAGGUAUGGUUGAGUUGGCGCUGGACCCCUCAGAGUUGGACAUGGACAGCGACGCGAUGGCGGUGAGGUACGAGCAGCAGAUGCGGGAAAACCAGUCGCAGCUGCAGAAGGAGGACCUCAGCGAUAUGCUGGCGGAGCACGUGGCUAAGCAGAAGAGUAAACGCAAGAGGGCGCAGCAGGAUACCAAGCAGCAGAAGAAGUAUAAGGAGUUUAAGUUUUAGGUUAGGAUUUUUGUUGUCGUGCGACUUGUAUUUGAAUUUGUAUAGAUUUAGGGUUCAUAAUAAUACAAUCUAUAAUUUCACU